AUGAUAAAGAUGCAAACGCCAGAGAUUAAUCACCAAAAUAUUCGCCAAAGAAGACACGAGAGAUUCAAUGUAGUUGAUGUCAAUUUUGAUGUCGUUUUUGAUGUCAGUUUUGAUGUAGUUUUUGAUGUCAGUUUUGAUGUUGUGAUCAGUUUUGAUGUCAAUGUAGUUGAUGUCAGUUUUGAUGUUGUGAUCAGUUUUGAUGUCAAUGUAGUUGAUGUCAGUUUUGAUGUUGUGAUCAGUUUUGAUGUCAAUGUAGUUGAUGUCAGUUUUGAUGUUGUGAUCAGUUUUGAUGUAGUUUUUGAUGUGAUUUCUGAAGUUGUGAUCUGUUUUGAUGUUAAUGUAGUUGAUGUCAGUUUUGAUGUUGUGAUCACUUUUGAUGUAGUUUUUGAUGUGAUUUCUGAAGUUGUGAUCUGUUUUGAUGUUAAUGUAGUUGAUGUCAGUUUUGAUGUUGUGAUCAGUUUUGAUGUCAGUUUUGAUGUCAAUUUUGAUGUCAAUCACACGCCAGAGAUUAAUCACCAAAAUAUUCGCCAAAGAAGACACGAGAGAUUCAAUGUAGUUGAUGUCAAUUUUGAUGUCGUUUUUGAUGUCAGUUUUGAUGUAGUUUUUGAUGUCAGUUUUGAUGUUGUGAUCAGUUUUGAUGUCAAUGUAGUUGAUGUCAGUUUUGAUGUUGUGAUCAGUUUUGAUGUCAAUGUAGUUGAUGUCAGUUUUGAUGUUGUGAUCAGUUUUGAUGUCAAUGUAGUUGAUGUCAGUUUUGAUGUUGUGAUCAGUUUUGAUGUAGUUUUUGAUGUGAUUUCUGAAGUUGUGAUCUGUUUUGAUGUUAAUGUAGUUGAUGUCAGUUUUGAUGUUGUGAUCACUUUUGAUGUAGUUUUUGAUGUGAUUUCUGAAGUUGUGAUCUGUUUUGAUGUUAAUGUAGUUGAUGUCAGUUUUGAUGUUGUGAUCAGUUUUGAUGUCAGUUUUGAUGUCAGUUUUGAUGUCAAUUUUGAUGUCAAUCACACGCCAGAGAUUAAUCACCAAAAUAUUCGCCAAAGAAGACACGAGAGAUUCAAUGUAGUUGAUGUCAAUUUUGAUGUCGUUUUUGAUGUAGUUUUUGAUGUCAGUUUUGAUGUUGUGAUCAGUUUUGAUGUCAAUGUAGUUGAUGUCAGUUUUGAUGUUGUGAUCAGUUUUGAUGUCAAUGUAGUUGAUGUCAGUUUUGAUGUUGUGAUCAGUUUUGAUGUCAAUGUAGUUGAUGUCAGUUUUGAUGUUGUGAUCAGUUUUGAUGUCAAUGUAGUUGAUGUCAGUUUUGAUGUUGUGAUCAGUUUUGAUGUAGUUUUUGAUGUGAUUUCUGAAGUUGUGAUCUGUUUUGAUGUUAAUGUAGUUGAUGUCAGUUUUGAUGUUGUGAUCAGUUUUGAUGUAGUUUUUGAUGUGAUUUCUGAAGUUGUGAUCUGUUUUGAUGUUAAUGUAGUUGAUGUCAGUUUUGAUGUUGUGAUCAGUUUUGAUGUCAAUGUAGUUGAUGUCAGUUUUGAUGUCAAUGUAUUUGAUAUAGUUUUGUGUCAAAUUCUGGUUUCGAUCGGUUGA